AUGCCUUUGCUUUCAGGUGGAGUCAAUCAUAUUGAUAGAGGGAGGGCGGAACAGGAGCAACGCAGGCACCUUUUCGAACAGCAGCAAAUCGAAAAGCGACGCCUAGAGGAGCAGCUGAGGGAAAAGCGGCGAUAUGAACAGCAGCAAGUUCAGUCAGAGAGGGCUGCUCAAUGGUCUCAAGAUCGGUCCUUGCGUCGAAGUCAGUCAGCACAGCGAAGUCGGUCAGCACAACGUAGCUCCUCAACACAGCCGGACCAGGGAACGUUACAACGUAGCCCAUCAGCACGGCGAGACCCUGGAACGACGCAACAACAUGGGCACCGGGAUUUUCUAAUGCCUCCGACUGCUAAACAGAGCUUUUCUCAAGGAUUAGCUCCUACACAGGUUGCGCACGGGACAAGUGAUAACCGCAGGCAUUCUUUCCACGAUAUCACCCGCCAAGAUGAGGACGAGCGUGGUCGAUCGCGACAGAAAGCUCAGCAGCGUGUUCAGCCAAGUAAUUUGCAGGCCACUUCAAGACCCGUCUUGACCAAUACUCAGCGAGCAUGGCCACAGGCCCCAGCUCCCGCUCGCAACCCACUGCCAGCUCAGCGACCUGAGUACACUGAGCCCUCGCCAGCACAAGUCCAAGCUGGCACUCGCAGCUCACAGUCGGUCCAGCGAUCCGAGUACUCUCACCUCACACCAGCGCCAGCUCAAGUUCUCACUCGUCGCUCAGAGUCGGCACAGCGAGCCGAAAUGGCUCAUCGUUCGCCACUACCACAGGCGCCAGCUCCUGCUCCUAACCCACCGCCGGUUCAGCGAAAUGAGUACGCUCACCUCUCACCAGCACCGGCUCAGACUCCUAGUCGCAGUCCACAGCCAGUUCAGCACAAUAAGUACUCCGAAUACUCCCCAGCACCAGCUCAAGCUCCUGCUCGUCGUUCAGAGUCGGUACAGCGAACUGAACAGGCUUAUCCCCCGCAAGCAAAAGUCCAAGCUCCUAUUCAUAGUCAACAGCCGACUCAGCGAAACGAGUAUCCUCAGUCUCCACCAGUACAAGUCCAAGCUCCCACUCGCAGCUCACAGACGAUGCAACACAGUGAAAUUGCUAAUGCCCCGCCAGCACAAGUUCAAGCUCCCCCAAGAGCUAGAUCUCCGUAUAUUCCUCACCCGUCGUCAGCACAAGUCCAAGCUCCUGCUCGCACGCAAGCACCGUCGCAGGGAGCUGAAAGUGACCACCACGCGCCAUCACAAGUCCAACCCCCUCCUAAAGCUGGGUCCCCGUAUGUUCCAUCGACUACUAAGAUUGCUUCGAAGCCUGCCGAUCCCGAAGUCUUGCAAACAUGGACAAAGGACGGCAAGACCAUCCAGAGAGUCAAAGUUCCCGGGUGGGCUACCGCAGGUGCCACCGCUGCCGGCACAGCGCUUGUGGAGAAAGUGUUGACGAACGGCGGCGAGAUGUUAGGCCAGCAAUUCGUGCAAUGGUGGAAUGACGAGCCCGAAAAGGCAGAUCAGCCGAAGGCAGAUCCGCCGGUAGCUCCUCAGAAACAAGCUGCUCCGCAACAAGCUCCCCAGCAACAAGCUCCCCAGCAACAACCUGCCCCGCAACAAGCGCCCCAGCAGCAAUCUUUCGAUCAGCCUAGCCCUGCGAUUUCUAAACAGCCCCAACCACAGGUUCAACCCACACCCCAGCAACCCGCACAUACAGAAACAGAAUCACUAGAGCCCCCUCAGCAUUCUUUACAAGAGUACCAAUCCUCCCCCCUUCUCAGCCCCAUCCCAAACACCACAACUUCUCAACCACAGACCAACGUGCUAGCAAACGAGUCCCUCAUCUUCCCCACCAAUUUCCGCACAUCACAACUGUUGGCUGUCUCCUGGCUCGACGGCGCCAUCUCCACGCCCACGAUCCGGAGGAUCGAUUACAUGGUCUUCACAUCGUGGAACAAGAGUGCGAAAAGGACGGUGCUGACGUUUGUGCCGCAGAAAGUUGUAAGACAAGAGACGGAGGAGGUGGUGGGGGAUAGGCAUUUUGCUAGGAUGUAUCCUGGUUUGUGGCGGGAUUUGGCGGGCGACUUCGUUCACGAACGCACUCUGGCGGACUACGGAUGA